CUGCGUAGCACUCCAGUUCACCUGGUGUGCCUGUGCGUGGCGGCUGGCAUGGCGGAGCAGCGGCUCGGCAAAUACAACUACCUCAUGUACCUGGGAGGCGUCACCAGCUUUCCCGCCCUGUCGUCGGUGCUGGCGUUGGCGGCGGCCGUGGUGACGAGUGGCGUGGUGAGCGACGUACUGCGCGACAAAGGCUGGCUCUCCACGACUGGUUGCAGGAGGCUCACCUGUACUGGAGGACUUAUUAUCCACGCCUGCGCCACGAUGCUACAAGGAUUAAAGGAAAACCAUUGGAUAGAGCACAUAGCCAUGACGGCCUUGGGAGUCUUUGUCGUGGGGAUCGAGACCAGCCACGUGGACAUGGCGCCCCGACACGCGCCCGUAAUAAAAGCUUUGUCAGCCACCACACUCGAGGUCGUGCUGGGAGGCAUCAACGUGUUCGUCAUCGCCGACAGCACUUCCUCGCAGGGCCACCGGCUGGCGCACGUCUUCAUCCCGGUGGCGCAAGUGGUGGUAGCCUUGCUGUACCUGCUCUACGGGCGCGCAGACUUGCAGUCCUGGGACGGGCAGGUAGAACAGAGCCCGAGGCAAGAACAGCGCGACGACUGUGACAACGACGAUGUCUGCAACGCCCUGAAGAAAGGCUGUGGAGAUGACGGUGCGCCACAGCCUCAGUGCUCUCAGAGAGACAUCGAGGAAACAGUGUGAAUUCGUGACUAUGGACUCAAACCAGUGUUCUUUCAUGCACUGAAAGUUUCUGGUGCUAGCAGCCACAGAAGGGGUUGGUUCAUAAUCGUGCUGAAGUCAGUGGUGCCGAACAGGUGGAUGACUCAUGUCAGCACCGUUCAUCUUGAAGUGCUUGCACACUUUCUCGUAUAGGCGGAACUGUUGAGCUAUCCUCGCACGAUGACCAGCUACUGGUUGUACUGCAGGGGAAAAACAUCAUUUCAGAGUUUUGCUAAAACAAUAAGGAGAAAGUACGACAGCAGGCGUAUGGACAAUGACCAUAAGUUAUACACAUGCGCACGCACACCGAAUUGUGUGCGAUGCUGCGCUAUUUACAUGAUACUGUCUAUCAUCUCAAGCCGCUUUUUGGCAGCAAUGAAUUGUUGCUGAAGCAACGGCGCCCAGUACGCGGCUGCAGUACACCACUUGUCUCGUCCAUGUGCAAACUUGUAGGGUUUCUACGCUUGGAAGGCAGCUAACUGCGCAUCCUGCCUCAAACAACAGUGACAACACUGUCUCUCUCCCUCUGGCGCAUGA